GCGGCCGCCCAGGCGAGUCUAACAUGGCGCUGAGCUGGAGAGGGCGCCUGCCCGGAGGGGGCGAGGCCGGGGGACCCCCGCUGCUGCUGCUGCCGCCGCUCGUGCUCCUCUGCAGCCUGCUCUUGCAAGCUGCCGGCGCGCAGAAGCCUCCGGUCUGCGGCGGCCCCUUGAUCCUGGGCAUCAGGCUGGAGGACGCCAACCAGUCAAUCCCUGACAUCCCGGAGUUCGGCAUUAUCCGGGUGCUGGAGGGCAGCAGCAUUCAACUUCGCCUCUACGGGUUGGGGCUGCACGCCCGCGUCUACGAGAUGGUGUCCUUCUCCGAAGUGCCCAAGCCCAACGCCAGCUUCGCCUGGGCAAAUGCCACCUGCCCCGAAAAGACCCAGGACCUGGAGGUGGAACCUGGUGUGCUCGACAUCCGGAACACCUCUGCCGUGGUCUCCGUGAAGGUCCAGAAACUGCGCAAGGGUGAGCAUUCCAAGGUCUAUGUGCUGUGCACCCAGAGUGGUCCUGGCCAGCCCCGGGUGCGCAUGGAAGGCAAUGAUGCUCUCAUCCAAGUGCUGGAGGAGGCGCCGCGACUGCUGCCCCUCUGGCUUCAGAUUUGCCUGAUAGUCCUCCUCCUGGUGCUUUCGGGCAUGUUCAGUGGCCUCAACCUAGGCCUCAUGGCCCUGGACCCCAUGGAGCUGCGCAUUGUGCAGAACUGUGGCACGGAGACGGAGAAGCGCUAUGCCCGCAAAAUCGAACCCAUCCGCCGGAAGGGCAACUACUUGCUUUGUUCCCUGCUCUUGGGGAAUGUACUGGUCAACACCACCCUCACCAUCCUGCUGGAUGACCUCAUUGGUUCUGGGCUGGGGGCUGUCAUAGCAUCCACCUCAGGCAUUGUCAUCUUCGGGGAGAUUGUCCCACAGGCCAUGUGUUCCCGCCACGGCUUGGCGGUGGGUGCCAACACCAUCAUUCUCACAAAAUUCUUCAUGCUGUUGACUUUCCCCAUCUCCUUUCCUAUCAGCAAGAUGUUGGACUGGGUGCUUGGCCAGGAGAUUGGCACUGUGUACAACCGGGAGAAAUUGGUGGAGAUGCUGAAGAUAACAGAGCCUUACAAUGACUUGGUGAAGGAGGAGUUAAAUAUGAUUCAGGGGGCUUUGGAGCUCAGGACUAAGACAGUAGAGGAUGUCAUGACCCCACUCCAUGACUGUUUCAUGAUCAACAGUGACGCCAUAUUGGACUUCAAUACAAUGUCAGAGAUCAUGGAGAGUGGGUAUACCCGCAUCCCUGUCUAUGAGGAGGAACGGUCCAACAUUGUGGAUAUACUUUAUGUGAAGGAUUUGGCUUUUGUAGAUCCUGAUGACUGUACGACACUCAAAACAAUUACAAAGUUCUACAAUCACCCAGUCCAUUUUGUCUUCCAUGAUACCAAGCUGGAUGCCAUGUUGGAGGAAUUCAAAAAGGGAAAAUCGCAUUUGGCCAUCGUCCAGAAAGUGAACAAUGAAGGCGAGGGUGACCCUUUCUAUGAGGUACUCGGCCUGGUGACCUUGGAGGAUGUCAUUGAGGAGAUAAUCAAGUCGGAGAUCCUGGAUGAGUCGGACAUGUACACUGACAACCGGUCCAGGAAGCGAGUGAACAAUCAGAAAAACAAGAGAGACUUUUCUGCUUUCAAGGAUAAUGACACAGAGUCCAAGGUGAAGAUCUCCCCACAGCUUCUCCUGGCUGCUCACCGGUUUCUUGCUACAGAGGUGAACCAGUUCACCCCGGCCUUCAUUUCCGAGAAGAUCCUGCUCCGCCUGCUCAAACACCGGGAUGUCAUCCAUGAACUGAAGUUUGAUGAGGAGAACAAGAAGGCUCCUCAGCACUUCCUCUUCAUCAGAAACAAGCCAGCCGACUACUUCAUCCUCAUCCUGCAGGGUAAAGUGGAAGUGGAGGCCGGCAAGGAGAACAUGAAGUUUGAAACAGGUCCCUUCUCCUAUUACGGGGUGAUGGCCUUGAAUCCAAUUAUUACAACAACCCCACCAGCCAAACUUGAUCGUCAAUCUAUACAACGGGCAUCCUUGUUAUCCAGAGUGUCAGCUUCAGAGGUGCGCUCCCCUUCUCACGUGAGCAACCUGAAUCGCUCGGCAUCGCUGUGCUAUCAUGAGCGCUCUGAUUCCAUCUCCUCCAACUUCAGCGGUAGCAACAACCAGAUCAAUUCCAACUCCAGCUCCCAGUAUCUCUCUGACUUCAGUGUUCGAGCCCUCAUGGACCUGCAGUAUAUCAAGAUCACACGCCUUCAGUACCAGAAUGGCCUCAUGGCUUCCCGCUUGGAGAGCUGCCCCCAGUCUCCUGAUGGCAGCUCCCCCAAAUCGGACACCACCACCUUGCCCGCAAAGGAAACCCCAACAUGCAACGAAGUGAUUAGCCUCUUGAACGAAAAGAACUGCCAGCAUUCCAAGACAAACCAUAACUCCCCGGAUGAAGUUGUCUGACCCUGGCCCUUUGGCGAUCUGGUUUCGCCCAGCUCGCUCCAGCCCUCCCCUUCCGAAGAUAGUAAAGUGGGAGAGUGGAGGAAACACUCCAGUGCCCACGAGAGGAUUUUGGUCAUGCAACUACAAAUGUCAAGUGAUGGAUGCAACCCGGGAGGAAGGACGGCAGGUCCCCUGCAGAUCUCAGUGGCUUUUCUCUCGAAGGCAUACCCCCCCCCCUCCACUUUCCAGGCAGGAAUGGGCUUGAUAUGAUAAGGAGAGACCAACUCUGAAAGGAAACUGCACACCUGCCAGUGAGAAGAACAACAGGUUCUGGAUGCUAAAGGGAAUCCUGGGUUCUGGAGCACCAGAACCUGCAUAACCCACUUUGAUCCAGUUUCACCUUGGCUCACAUUUCCACCAGGUGAGGUUUUGGCUAGCCAAGGAUUUUGAAAGGGAGCUGCUGUUUUUUUUUCUAUGCUGGCUUUUUUGUUUAAACAGACCAAAAUGGAGAUAAGGCAGUCCCUUGGCCAGGCAUGGUCAGAAGGCAUGGUCCAGUUCCGGAGUUGGUCCAAUUCUGGUUUCCUUUUCCACGGAGCACUCAAAUAACGAACAGGUUCAAAGGUGACAUAGACAGAAGUCACCAAGAGGAGAUGAGAGCCAUGGCUGUGGGCUACCAUGACACAAGCAGACGUCUGCUGACAGGCAGGAAUCAUCUGCCCAUCUCAGGGAGUUCUGAUUCUUGUAUAUUGUCUGGGAUUACGAUGUCCUGUCUUCUUUUUCUCUCUUUUUUGCUCUGUUUUGUUUGUGGGUACCGCAUUAAAGAGACAUUGUGCAGAGGCUGGAAGGUGGGUGGAAAUCCAUUCCCCUCACCUGCCGCCCUCAUCAAAAGUUCUGUGUCUGGGGAUUGACAUUUCUCAGCACACACUCUGUUCCAGGUUAGGAUCUUCUGAAGGAAUCAUAAAGAGGCUGGUCUAGAUGAGCAGCAGGGGGAGGUGGUUGAAUCCUCAGGUGGCUGAAUGAACUGUUCCUCCUGUCCUUGCAUGUUUUUGAAUACUGUCCCAUGUUU